AUGGUUUUCGAUCAGAAUACUAACAAAAAAACCUCGACAGGUCACAAUCGCCCUGACUUGUUUAUACUAGUGAGAAAUAUUUGUCCUUUUUAUAGGAAAGAAAAAGCUGAAAAUUCUACAGCAGAUCCUUCGAAAGAAUUAACUGAUAAAUUCAAAGAAUGGAUCUAUAGGGAUUCUUCAUACAUCUUUGCGUAUUAUACUACUGGUCAAUAUGUCACUUUUGUUAUUUUGACUGAGCCUGAAUCUGAGAAUAUUGGGUUAAACAGUAAGAGAUCACGUUCAGAAGUCAAAUCUGAAUCACUUGGUGAUUUUGAUUUAGGAGAACUUUCGCAAAGGAUUCACGUUAUGAAUUUCCUUCGGGAUAUUUGUAAUAAAGUUGUGCCCCCAAGAAAUAUACCAGAUUUUCUUAUAUUGCGUCGAGAAAAUGAAACUAUUGUUAAACUUGGUUAUCAUGUUAAGAAAAUAUUUAAAGAAGAACAAUCGGUUAACCAUCUAAAAGAAAUUUAUGCAACUUUAUCUCAAAAUAACGUUAGGUUUACCGAUAAAUUAGAACAUUCCUCUUCACAUUCUGUUCAUUUGGAACCACACGGAUUACAACGAAAACCUGAAAAUCUCAAAGAGCUAUCGAAAGCAUUAAUUUGUAUUCUAACUUGUCUUAAGCAAUUUAUCAGAAGUAAUCCCUCAGGAUCAACCCUUAACAAUUCUAUGAAAAUUAUCUCAAAGAGGAAAGAGCAGAAGAGGGCACAAAAUACAUUAAAUAUGAAGGUUCAGAGAUAUUUACCAGCUGGUACUUCUUUAGCCAUGGCAAAGGAUAAAAUUAAAAAGGCUAGAAAAAUGGUUAAAAUUUUUAGUGAUCUAUCUAGAAUUCAAUUUGUUCGUUCAUUUUCUAUAGACCAGCUCUCAACUUUUAAUGAAAACGAUAUCAACUUCAUAAAAUCAAAAUUACUAAAGUCUAGAACACUAUGA